AAUCAUCGAACGCCAAGUAUUCGAUUUUCUCGGAUACAUGUGGGCGCCCAUAUUGGUCAACUUCUUUCACAUAAUAUUUAUCAUAUUGGGAUUUUAUGGAGCAUAUCAUUUUAGAAUAAAAUAUAUAAUAACCUAUUUAAUAUGGAGCUUCAUUUGGAUCGGCUGGAAUGCAUUUCUCAUAUGCUUUUAUCUGAAUGUAGGCGUAUUGGAUCGGGACAGCGAUCUGCUCAAUUUGGGCACCGGUAGCGUUUCCUGGUUCGAGGUGAACGGCUAUGGUUGCAAACCGACAUAUCCUGUGAAUAUCACCUCCGACGAUCCAUUUCGCCCCAUACGUCCGGAACGUGUGGAUGACUGCUUAUUAGAUUAUACUAUAGUUGAAGUAGUGGAGUCGGGAGUGCAAUGUGCUUUAGCGUUACUUGGUAUUUUAGGCGCCAUAUUAAUAAGUUACAUAUUCCUCGAUGAAGAUGACAGAUUCGAUUUCGUGAAUGGCGACGCCAAGAGUCCCCAGCACACGGUGGUCCAUCCAAUGUACGUGAGCUACAGCAGCAUACCGACCUCGGCAAGCGCUAGCGCCACAUUGCUCUCAAACAAGCAUCACAACAAUCACCAAGCACUUAGUAACAAUAACAACCACCACCAAAUUCAUCCGCAACAACAGCAACUGCAACUGCAGCAGCAACUCCAUCAUCAGCAACCAAAUAAUUUUAACAGUAACACAUUUCUAAUACACACGAACAGCAUCAGCAACAACAGCCAUAGCCAUAGCCAUAGCCGUAGUCAUAGUCAUAAUCAUAGUCAGAGCAAUAGUCGCAGUCGCAGCCGCAGCAAUAGCCAAAGUGGCGGCAUUGCCGGUAGCGGCGCGACUAGAAAGGGUCGUGGCGGCGGCGGCGGCGGCGGUGAUGGCAACAGCAACUCGCUUAGUGCAAGCAAGAAUAGCACAUUAACUCGAAUACUUUACAGUCCGAAGAGUAGUAAUAAAAUCGGCUCAUCCACAGGCAAUACGAUUCAGCCGACAGAUAUGUUACAGCGGCAACAAUCGCUGCCACAAACGCAUACCACCACAAUGUCGCAAGGCGCGCAGCAUUAUUACGAUGAUAGCACUGCGAAAGCGGAUCAGCUGUAUACGAACAGCAAUCGACGACAGUUCUUGAAUGGUACAACAUAUCAGCAGCAACAGCAACAACAACAACAACAUGUUGGCACGCCGAACUCCUCAUCGCACGACAACACCACUUCGUCGCUCUCUUACGCCUCGUUACAGAAUUCCAAUUUGAAUUUGACGCAAAGCUUACGCGGUGUCGGUGGUGGACCAAGUGGUGGGUUUGGCUAUACGGGCUCGGGGGGAGGUAGUGUUAGUGGUGGCGGUGGCGUCAUGAGUAUGGGUGGUGGUGUAGGUUCAAGCUCUGGUGGCGGUGUGGGUGGUUUAGGUCGUGGCGGCGGCGGCAGUGCCAUGACAGCUGCCUCGUCACAAGCGACGCUCAGUCCGCUCAGCAAUAGCCAGUUCAGCCUCAGCAAUAGCCUCAACAAUAACUAUAGUAAUCAUAGUGGCAGUAACAACAACAGCAACAACAACAACACUAAUAACAACAUCAAUGUGUUAAACAACCAUACUAACUAUAUGAAUAACAAUAACGGCAGCGUGGGCAGCGGUGUUGGGGGCGGUCACUUUGCGCGCAUCCACGCCAAACCCAAGCCCCCUAAGUCGACCAGCUACAGUAGCUUCAUUAACAAUGGCAGCGCUGCAAAUCUCACUGGCGGUGGCGGUUCCAUGACUAAUGUCCAUCGUCCCGAUAUCAAGUACACGCAGAUGUCCAAUGAACGUUUGUCGCGUAACUUGGAAGAGGGCUUGGAGGAUGACAAUUUCUCGUUGCAAAACUUCAAAACCGACGAUGGCAUCACAUACGUGCCGUUUCAAAAGCCAACGCCGGGUGCGCUUUUCGUUGGCCAGAAUAACAAUCCCUCGUAUGUGUCGCUGAAUUCAUAUGCUGGCACACAAAUGUCGCCCAACAACAAUGCUAGUCCAAACACGAUUAACAAUAAUGCGUUGCCGCAAUUUACGCGCAGCAUUUCACAAUUGGCGCCACCACCGCCGACGCCACCGUCUCUCCCAGAGAGCGGUGAGAUACUUUUGGAGCGUGGCGCAGUUCUGCAACCCGCCUACAACUAUCAGCCACAUCCCCAACAGCAAAUGCUGAUGAUGCAGGCGUCGGGUCCAACGCACAUGCAAACGCAGCCACCACGCGGCAUGCAGUCGCAGCAACAGUCACAACCACAGCCACUACUAAAUCCUGCCAAUCGUUUUCUGUAUCAGCAGAAUGGUUUACCAUUCCAUCCAGCCUACAAUAAGCCCAUUCCAGUGCCACCACCGGUGCCCACACAUACGUCGCCGCCCAUGCCUACAUCAUCUUAUCACCACAUGAGCCCAGCCGUCAAACAACCGCCACGCCCUACAAACAUUCCAUUACCCACCAUUCCGCCGCAUUCAUUCGAUACACCCAUUUCACCCUCGGAGGUUACACCACCACCACCUCCUGCGCCACGUCCACACAUUUUUCAACCGCGUUCGGGCCAUGCGCCCUACCCUGAUCUCUCACCCGAAGUGACUGAGAAGUAUGCCAUGCCCACACAAUAUGUACCGCGUUCACCGGUUGCUUCGCGUAUUGCGCGUCGCCAGCGUCAGCAACAGCAACCCUCGCAUAAUUACCAUCAUCAACCAGCACAGCCGGCGACGCAUCACGUGAAUACAUCAGCAAAUUUCUGUGAUCAAGUGCGUGAUGCGCCGCCUGGCUAUAUAGUGGACGCGGGCUUCAGCAUUGUGCGCGCCAAAAGUUACGAUCGAUUAGCCUCUGUGUCGUCGUCGUCGGGUUCGGUGCGACGAGAGGCGAAAGGUCAGGCUCACCAACAACAGGCCCAACAGGUGCAAGUAAAUGCCGAAGCGGCGCCGCAUGUAAAUCGGCGUAGCGGCCGACGUGAUGCCGCUGGUCGUGCGCGUCCACGCUCCUAUUGCAAUUCGAUGUCUGGUGGUGAGGGUGUAAUACGCGGUAGCUUGGUCUAUGAGCGCGAUUUUGCGGUCGAGAGUGCUGCUGGUGGUGGUAGUGGCAUAGAUGAGGGCUGUGGAAAUGUUGGCGGUGAUCAGUUGGCAUAGGCAGAGGCCGGUAAAGUGAGUAGUACAGUGUUGGAGGCGCAAAAGUUGCGUAAUCUCAACGAUCGUACGCGGUAUUGAGGUAGUUUUUCGAAGCAGGAAUUCAAGAAGCGAGACAUUUUUUAGGCAGUGAAGUCUUAAUUGUGGCAGUUCAUUGUUAUGAAGGCGAGAGGAAUAGCUAGAACGAGUUUGCGUGUUAUAUUCCGCAUACCUUACUCGAAAAAUAAAUAAAUAAAAAAUAAUUGUAGACUGCGUAGAGAGUUGGGUGAUAGGAAAGUGAUUGAAACGAACAAAAAUUCAGACUAAAAUAUUUUUAAGUAAUACAGAUCGGCUUAAUAAAUGUGAGAUGGCUCUUUUUUCUUUAGAACUUUCUCUUAAACAGAAGCUCUCGAUAGCACGAUCCAAGCGAACUUUAUAGAUAGAACAUAGAGAAAACUCCAGCAUACUAUGCAAUAAUAUAUCUCAUUGGUUUGAGUGGAACUCGUUUCACAGUUCACGACCAAAUCUGUAAUUUGUCAUAAUCGGACUUUUAGCAUGGAAAAGUUUUCGUUUCAAAAUGCUUAGUUAGUUUUAUUACUCGAGCGAAAGUUUCAUGAAAAGACUUUUCAAUUUUCAAAACCGUUAUAUAUUGCACUUACUGCCUCUCCAAAGUCAUUGAGAACCGCCACUAUUUCCGUUACAGUAUUAACCCUUCAAGUAGCAUUCAGUUCAUUUUGGUGUUUUAUCACUUCUCACUCGAAUCAUUGCCAUUUCAAACAUUUCACUGUUCAUUUUUUAUUGCAUCUUUCAGCUCAUACGCAUACGCUCGCUCUCAUUUCCAAGUCAUUCCGUUCUUAUUAUUUAUACUUUUUUUUCGAUUUUAUUUUUAUUUCAACUAUUAAUUUCCAUUUUUUAGACUCGUAGACUAUGAUUGCUGAAUUGACAUAACUCAUAUGCGGAAAAGUGGUGGUUAACUGGUUGUUGAAGCUUCUCUCAAACUCCUCUCUCUCUCAGAUGCUUCUUCGCGCGCGUCUCUUCCUCGCAAAAUCUCAUUCAUGCUCUCAAACAUAUACGCUCUCUUUUAAAUCGAACAAUUAGCUCGGCUGCGCUCUCUGCCAUUUGCGCUGCCCUCAACAAAAUGUUGCACGGGCUGAUGUUGCUGUUGCUACUAAUGCGAUGUUGCUGCAAUAUAUUGCUAAGUGAAAACAAAUUACUAUGCCAAGUGGCUAGAACGAAGUAUGUAAAUGUUAUGCAAAUUCAAAAGAAAUUUGAAAAUUGUUAUACAAUUUUGUUUUAUGGCAUGACGAUGAUGAUUGCAAUGAAUGCAAGGAAAAAACUGAAAAUUCAUGUUGUGUACUAAAAAUGUGUUAAUCAAAAAAACCAACAAAAAAUGUUAAAAAAUAUUUGGUGUUGUUACUUUGUGUCUUAGAAUUUAUGUUGUUAACCUGCAUACGAACACACAAGCACAUAUAUACAUAUACACUAGUUUGUAUUGUAAAUUGACGAUGUAAAUUACUAUAUUAUUUAACGAAACAUACACACAUACUUAUCUACUUAUUUGUAUGUAUAUGUACAUAAUAUA